AAUAGAGUGGCCAGUUCCUUUAGAGAGCUACCCGCCUGCCUGCCUGCCUGCCUGCCUUCCCUCUGCCCACCUACUAUGAGAAGCGGCUCCUCCCACCUGCCCAUAAAAGCCAAGUGCUUGUUACCAGCAGCUGAUCAGAGAGCAUUUUCACAGUCCUCUUCUGUUGGGAGCCACUGUUCUUCUCUCCUUGGAUCUUAAAGAUUCCAGGUAAGACAAUACCUCUUCAGGCAUCCGACUCUCCAGGACACAGCAACCCCCAAGGACUACAUGGUCUAAGGAAAUGGAUAAAGAAUCACAUGGUAGUUUUCCGUCAUUUACCCCAUGGCUGAAACUUCAGUAAUUCAGGGGCUGAUUUGAAACAAAACAAGAGAAGCUGUUCCUUCUGUUACCAGAUACCAAAACCAGACCUGCUAUAAGUCAAAAGCAACUUCAUUGGGCUGCGAUUCUUCCGUCUCCCAGAGUCUAAAUAAGCAGUGGGGAGCUACUGAUGAUCUCUGAGAAGGAGAUGGACAUGAUCUCAGCUGUGUGAAGGUUGGAUAGAGUCAGGGAGAGACUGGAAUCUGGGAGACCAUCUGGAAGGCUAUUAUAAUUAGGUGAUGGCUGUUCCCCUGACCCCUCUUCAGCUACUGGAAGUGGUGAUCCUCAUUCAUCUCAGUUUCAUCAGGUCCAUUCAUGGAGGUGCCUAUUAUGGGAUCAAACAGCUUCCACCUCAAAUCCCAGCUCAGAUACCCCAAUACCAGGCCCUGGGACAACAAGUACCUCACAUGGCAUUGGGCAAAGAUGGACUUCCCAUGGGUAAGGAGAUGCCCCACAUGCAGUAUGGCAAAGAAUACCCACACCUACCCCAGUAUAUGAAGGAAAUUCCACAGGUGCCCAGGAUGGGCAAGGAGGCAGCUCCCAAGAAAAGCAAAGAAAUCCCAUUAGCCAGCUUAAGAGGAGAGCAAGGUCCCCGUGGAGAACCUGGCCCAAGAGGACCCCCUGGACCCCCAGGUUUACCAGGCCAUGGGAUACCAGGAACCAAAGGAAAGCCAGGCCCCCAAGGCUACCCUGGCAUUGGCAAACCAGGUAUGCCUGGAAUGCCUGGAAAGCCUGGAGGCAUGGGCAUGCCUGGGGCAAAAGGCGAAGCUGGACCCAAGGGGGAGAUUGGACCUAUGGGCCUGCCUGGGCCUCAAGGCCCCCCAGGACCUCACGGACUCCCUGGCAUUGGAAAGCCAGGUGGCCCAGGGUUCCCAGGACAACAAGGACCCAAGGGUGAGCCGGGCCCCAAAGGACAGCCAGGGCCUCCAGGUCUCCAAGGGCCCAAAGGAGACAAGGGCUUUGGGAUGCCAGGUCUGCCAGGACUAAAGGGUCCUCCGGGAAUGCACGGACCUCCUGGGCCUGUGGGACUGCCGGGAGUAGGCAAACCAGGAGUGACAGGAUUUCCAGGGCCACAGGGUCCUCUCGGUAAACCAGGCCUGCAAGGUGAACCAGGCCCGCGGGGUCCCAUAGGCGUACCUGGGAUUCAAGGCCCACCUGGCGUGCCUGGAGUUGGAAAGCCAGGUCAGGAUGGCAUCCCUGGACGACCUGGAUUUCCCGGUGGCAAAGGGGAACAAGGAUUACCUGGGGUGCCAGGACCCCCUGGCCUUCCAGGGGUUGGGAAGCCAGGGUUCCCAGGGCCUAAGGGUGACCGAGGUAUGGGGGGUCUUCCUGGAGCUCUUGGACCUCAAGGAGAGAAGGGCCCCAUAGGUGCACCCGGAAUGGGGGGGCCCCCAGGGGAACCAGGCUUGCCUGGAAUUCCAGGUCCCAUGGGACCUCCAGGUGCUAUUGGCUUUCCAGGGCCCAAAGGAGAAGGUGGAGCUGUGGGGCCACAAGGACCAUUGGGUCCCAAAGGCGAGCCAGGGUUACAGGGUUUCCCAGGGAAACCAGGUUUCCUUGGUGAAGUAGGACCCCCGGGCAUGAGAGGUUUGCCAGGUCCAAUUGGGCCCAAAGGGGAGGCUGGGCAUAAAGGUUUACCAGGUAUCCCUGGUGCCCCAGGGCUUAUUGGACCCAAAGGGGAACCAGGAAUUCCAGGUGAUCAGGGUUUACAAGGCCCAUCUGGAAUUCCAGGAAUUGGGGGGCCAAGUGGUCCAAUUGGACCUCCUGGACUCCCAGGUCCUAAAGGAGAACCAGGUCUACCAGGUCCUCCUGGGUUCCCUGGGGUAGGAAAACCUGGAGUAGCAGGACUCCAUGGACCCCCAGGGAAGCCUGGGGCUCUUGGUCCUCAAGGCCAGCCGGGCCUUCCAGGACCCCCGGGACCUCCAGGUCCCCCGGGGCCCCCAGCUGUGAUGCCUCCCACACCACCAGCCCAUGGAGAGUAUUUGCCAGAAAUGGGGCCAGGGAUUGAUGGAGUAAAAACUCCACAUGCUUAUGGAGGCAAAAAGGGCAAAAACGGAGGAGUAGCUUAUGAGAUGCCUGCCUUUACAGCCGAGUUGACCACGCCCUUCCCACCAGUGGGGGCUCCAGUAAAGUUUGACAAAUUGCUCUACAACGGCAGACAGAACUACAACCCACAGACUGGCAUCUUCACCUGCGAAGUCCCUGGUGUCUACUACUUUGCAUACCAUGUCCACUGCAAAGGAGGAAAUGUAUGGGUAGCUUUGUUCAAGAACAAUGACCCUAUGAUGUACACGUAUGAUGAAUACAAAAAGGGCUUUCUGGAUCAGGCCUCAGGGAGUGCUGUGCUACAGCUUAGACCAGGAGACCGGGUUUUUCUCCAGAUGCCCUCAGAGCAAGCUGCAGGACUAUACGCGGGACAAUAUGUCCAUUCCUCUUUUUCAGGAUAUUUAUUAUAUCCCAUGUAAAUUUGUUUUUAAGUAAGAAAAAUACAAGGAAACAAAAAGACAGCAAAAGAGAAAAGUGAAGUGACAGAAACAAACUAAACACAAAACACCUAAUUGCUUCAAAGUGUUUAUACUGUUGAAAAGUUAUAUUUAAAUGGAAGUUUGGACCAUCAUAUAAAAAAAAAGUCAAAAAACAAUAAAAAUGCAAGUUUAAUGUUCUGCAGAGCUUGUUAUUAAAAUGACAGGAAGAAUCUAUGUAUCACAUUUCUAACAGAUGUUCUGUACCCACUGAAUCAUAUUAGCAAAUAUACAUUAUACAUUUCCACAAUACCAUGCUUUCUAAAGUUGUCAAAAUAUUUCAUUAUGAAGGAUCAUAGCUAACGCAAGUCAUUCAUUCAUAUUGUUUACUUCAAAGUACACAAGAAUAAAUCUUAAAGAAGCAUCAAUGACCAAAAAUAAUAAUAAUCACAUACCAUAUUUACUUACAUCAUUUACCCCAUACUUUCACAAUAAUUUUACUAGUGAAACACAGGAAGGGGGAAAUUAUGUAGUAAUACUACCUUUGCAGAGGUAAUCUAAGGUAAUGUACAACAUCCAAAGGAUAGCUCCCUUCCGACCAGCUGCUGGGGUUUUGGCAUCAGGAUUCUUACUUGGCACAGGGUUGUUACUCAGUGGGAGCCACUGAAUCUACUAAUCAACAAGUAUUUAUUGAGUACCAGAAGAUGUUGAGAUGAUGUACCAAGAAGGGCCCUGGAGGACACAAAAGGACAAGUUAUGGACUGUAUCUUCAAGAUGCUUACAAUGUUGCUGGGAAAUGAGAAUAGUGGUUAACCUGUUUAUUCCUGAAAUAUUACUUUUCCCUAAGGUUUCUUUCAUAUGCUUUGGUUCUUAUUAUUUUUUACUAGAUCUAACUAGACCAAAAAAAAAAAUCUUGGAAGUUAUUUGGGAAGAAAAGAGAUUGGAGUCAAUGAAAUAAGUGCUCCCUACCCUCAGUAACCUUCAGAUUUUGUAUGAUAUUCAUUACUAAUAGCAGGCAUCAAUUGUAAAUUAAAUGUAUAUUUAUAAAAAAAAAUUAAUAUAGCCACUGUGAAGCCAUAGCCAGAGAGAAGACAAACUAUAAUUUCUCAAUCACUUUUCAAUGUCAAAGGGACUUUCUUGCCUAACAAUAACUAUGAAAAAUCAAUUCAAACUAUUUUAAGGUUGCAAAGUAACUUAAAAAAAAACAGGUAAAAAAAAAAAAAAACUUCAGGAUUCUAUGGGAAAAUAAACCUUUAUUUGAAAAUCAAUCUCUGGAACUUGAAAGUAAGACCACUUAUGGUUUUCUGAUGUAUAUGAUGAAAAAUGAUAUCAAGAAUUGUUAUAGAAAUAAAUUGCUGAAGACCCAAUUAUAAUUUCAGAGGACAUAACAUCAUAUGAUUUUCAUGUUGCCCCAUAGAUUAAAGAAAUGGUAUGAUAAAAGUUUACUACACAACUGAAGACAUGCAUUUUCAUCUCUAUAUUUAAUUGUGUGCUUGCAAGACAGUGUGACAAAGUAGACAGAUGUCCUAGAAUUUAGGAAGACCUGGAUUCAAGUUUUGUUUCAUACACUCACACAAACACAUUCUCUCUCUCUCUCUCUCUCUCUCUCUCUCUCUCUCUCUCUCUCUCUCUCUCUCUCACAAACACACACACACACACACAUGUUGGAGAAAUCACUUACACUCCAAAAUUGUCACUAGGCAACUAUAAAUUGCAAAACAGUGCCCACUGAACCAGUAAAAGGAUCUAUUUCUCUGGAAGGCUGUUCCCUACAUCAAUGAAAAUUAUAGAAUUAGAAAAAAAAAAUUUUUUUAAGUUCCAACAAUUCUUAUUUCACUACUUCAAGAAUCUAUAAUUUUUAAAAAGUGGGUCCAUCACCACUAAAAAUAGCCACUGUGAAACUUCAACUAGAAAGAAGACAAUCCUUUCUCAAUUGCUUUUCUAGAUCUCAUCUCCUCUAAAUUUAAUAGGUAAUCUUCAAGAGCUGCUGCAGCUGAAAAAUCUCUUCACCCUGUCUCUGGCCAAUAGGUUGAUAAGCCUUUGCAAACUUAGCUAGGUUGGUUUUCAGACAAUAGACAUAUAGUUCAUUAGCAGCCCACAAGUGAAGCCUUCCAUGUAUAACAGAAUCUGCCCCAGCUUGCACUUCACUGGGAUAAGCUUUCCAGGACCCAGAAUCAUCUUCAUUCCAAAAUAAGGCAUCAGAUCGGGACCUUUGUAUAGAUUUAAUUUCUUCAGAAAAGGGAAAAACAUUUUAAUUACUUCCAAGUAGGUAUCCAGAGACCUAAAGACAUGCUCACUUGGCAUAUUUGUUAAAUACAGAGUUUUAAUGCAGCAAGAUAACCUAUGGCAAAGGACAUUACUUUAGAAGGUACCUCACCUCAAAUAUAGAGUACACCAAAAAAUGAACAGACUGGUUGGUUACUUUAUUGAAUUUCCACAUAAAUCUAAGACUUAUUGAGAGCAAAUCAUUUCUUCUGGUCUCAAAGAAACAAAAGAGCCACUUCAAACUUAUUUCUGCCUGGCUAUUGACAUGAUUAGUAAUGUGGAGAAUAAAGACAAUACUCUAAAAAUUCAGAUUGUAGCAUAGAAGAAAAAAAUGAGCAGGAAAUAAUUAGAGAAACAUGAUAUAAACACAGUGUGUAGUGUAUAUUCCCAAUGCAAAUGACUUCUAAUGGAACUAGUUCUAAUUAGUUAACUAAAUUAAUCCAGAAAAAAUAUUUUUAUUGAUCUGAUAUACUUUCUCUAUGUGAGAUAUGGAAGACAAGUUUUUUUUUUUUUCCUGAAGAGGGCUGAAAAUCAAUGAAUUUCUUGCCAUAAAAUAACUUAUUCACUACUACUUGAAUGCCAAAGGUUUUCAUCAAAGAAGCUUCAGCAUUCAUUUUCACAGCAGAUAGCAUCUGAUAGAUAUAAAGUUUUUAUAUCUAUUCUCUCAAAUGAUUAAUGUGACAAGAAUAAUGGGUUCUUGAUGGGACAAAUAAACCUCACAUAGUAUAAUACAAAUCGGUGUUCCAUCUGGUGUAUGAGUAGAUGCUUUCAAAUUAACUUGAAAUAAAAAUGGUCAACUGGGGCAACUCAUUUGUGAAAUAGUUUCCAUAUAUAUAUAUAUAAAUAUAUAUACACACAUUCCAGUUAGUUCUCCAUCGAAGUGAGGAGAAAUUUCCUAAUCAACUGAAAUGAAAUUUCACUUAUCAGAAUUAAUAAUAGUUGCUUCCAAACUUAUUUAUUGGUUGUGUUACUUAUUUGCCUAAAUUUGUAUAUUAGCAGGCAUAAGCUUCUAAUGUGUAGAUGGCGGGGAGGGAGAGGAAAAAUCCUAUGCAAGUACUGUUUGUUCUACAAUGGUGCUAAUCUCAUAGCAAAAUGAUGAAUUUUUUCACUUAAUUUAAAAACAGAGUUUAAAAUAAUUAUCUAUAUGUGUGUGUUUCCCCUUUGAGUGUUAUAUGUUAUACUUUUGCUUUGGUGUAAAAGCAGACCUAACAUGAAUCUGUUCUGAACAAUAAUCUCUAUUUAAUUAGAAAUUAACUAGAAUUUGACCAUAGGAAAAAAUGGACAAAACAGGCAUUACCAUUAUUUAAGUACAGAAUUUUAAUGCAGCAUGAUAAUCUAUGAGGAGGGAAAAAACUUUAGUGGGUGCCUAACCUCAAAUAUCUUACAGAAUAUGUCAAAGAGUAAAAAGACUGGUAACUUUAUUGAGUUUCCACUGUAGAUUUGAGACUUGUCAAUAGCAAAUCAUUUUUGUAUUUAAAUUUUUGUACUGAUCUGAAAAAAAAUUCUUAUUAAAUAUCUUUAAAAGUAUUCUUC